CCGCUGGCCUUCCGGGAGCCCACCACCGCCAACUGGAUGAAGGAGUCGAUGGGGGCCAGCGAGUGGGAGGUGGGCCUCACCUGGCUGCCCGCCUUCUUCCCCCACGUGCUGGGCGUCUACGUCACCGUCCGGCUGGCCGCCACGUACCCCCACCUCCAGUGGUUUUACGGGGCCCUGGGCAUGGCCGUCAUCGGCGCCAGCUCCUGCCUGGUGCCGGCCUGCAGGAAUUUCGGGCAGGUCAUCGUGCCCCUCUGCGGCAUCUGCUUCGGCAUCGCCCUGGUGGACACGGCCCUGCUGCCCACCCUGGCCUUCCUGGUGGACGUGCGCCACGUCUCCGUCUACGGCAGCGUCUACGCCAUCGCGGACAUCUCCUACUCGGUGGCGUACGCCCUGGGGCCCAUUGUGGCCGGCCAGAUCGUGCACACCCUGGGCUUCGCGCAGCUCAACCUGGGCAUGGGGCUGGCCAACGUGCUUUACGCCCCUGUCCUCCUCUUCCUCAGAAACGUCUGCCAGAUGAAACCCUCUCACUCGGAGAGGAACAUCCUCCUGGAAGAAGGACCCAAGGGACUCUACGACACCAUCAAGAUGGAGGAGCGCAAAGGCGUGGGCAAAAGCCUCCGGCCAGCAGGCGAGGUGGAGGAGAACGGCGUGGACUCGUACCGCAGAGACCUGGCAGGGGUGUCCGAGGAGGACUCAUCGGACUAUGAGUACAGUUAG